AUGCGCAGCAUGCGAUACAAGGGAGAUGCUGCAGAAGCGGCAGAGAACUUUGCACGGAGCCUGCACGACCGCUGGGGCGUCGGGGAUGCAAGAUGCAACAACGGCGUCUUACUGCUCAUUAGCACCGAUGACAGGCAGAUUUUCAUAUCUGUGGGCUCAGGUGCCACAAGCCGCCUUACAUAUGACGGUCUGGGCGACAUCAUUAGCGACGUCCGUCCGUCGCUGAAAGACCGAAGGUACGGCGAGGCCGUAGAGCGGGCCGUUGUGGAUAUUGGUCUGGCGCUCGCGGGUCGACCCGUGGAGCCCGAGGGCAGCGAGGGCCGCUGGUGGGAUGAACUACUCGGUCUGGGCAUCUUUGCCAGCAUAGUAGGCGGCUUCAUUUUCGUGGCAGCUCGCACGGAAUCUCGGAAGCGCAAACGGUACCAGGAUGAUGAUGUUGGUGAUGAGGUCCGGAAGCCGCUACUGAGUCAGGGCAUUGAAGGUGGGACAGCCGGCGCGAGCGCGGGGUCGUACCCGGGAGGGCAGCCACCGUCGGCGCCGCCACUACCGGAGCAGCCAAGCGCAGAAGCGCAACAGCAACAGCAACAACAACAACAACAACGCCGUCCACUGGUCCUGCCAUGCGGUCAUGCCUUUUGCGAGCUGUGUAUCACCCAGUGGCUUGAGCAGAAGAAGGUCACGUGCCCGAUCUGCCGCAAACCCUUCGACGAGGACGACUCUUCCCCGGCGCCCAAUGACGCACGGGACACCCCUCUCCCGCGGCCACCUUUACCCGUGCGCGCCGAUCCCGCCAACCGGACUACUCCCAACUCCGGCAGCGGUGCUGGCCCCUCUUCUAGCUCCUACUUCGGGCCACCGUGGCCCCCAUGCAGCGCUGACGAUGAGCCGUACUCAUACGUCAGUCCGUCGUACAGCAGCGGCAUGGGCACGGUGCCGCGGCUGCGGCUGCGGUGGGGCUCCCGUCGCCAGCCGGUGCGGAUGCACGAGGACCUGCUGCUGGCGGAGAUGCUGUUCCGGCUAAGGCAGCUGCAGCGGCAGCAUCCAGAUUACAUCAGCACGGGUAUGCUGCACAGCUGGGAACAAGACUUGCAGAACGGUCGCGAGUUCAGCUCCCAGCAGCUGCGGCAAUUCCAGCUCAACGACCCCGCCAUGCGCCGUGAGAUGGCGUCCAGCGGGAGCUCCGGAACCGGUGUCCGUUUCGGUGGCGGCUCCAGCCGUGGUGGUGGUGGCCGUGGCGGCAGCUGGUGA